UCCGACAUUUGGCGAAGCAAAAUACCGCGCGUUCCGUGGACACAACGAGACAAAUGAUUCAGCCAAUCGUGGAAACUUCCUGGAAGAACUUUUGUUUCUAUCUAAGUAUGACAAGCCAUUGAAACGUUGGAUGGAAACUCACCCAAACAAUUUGUCAUAUUUUUCUCCCAGUAUUCAGAAUGAAAUGAUUGGCAUCCUCAGCAAUAUGAUCAUUGAAAUAAUAAGAUCUGAAGUGAUUUCUGCCAAAUAUUUCUCAAUUGAAUGUGACGAAGUAACAUCCCACAAACGGGCAUUUAUGUCUGUUAUUGUUCGGUAUGUCUACGAUUAUUGUAUUUGGGAAAGGUGUAUCAAGCUACAUCGUGUGACUAAUUUAACAGGACAAAGCCUUGCAGCUGUUAUCAUUGCUAUUCUUGCGAACAUGAACGUUCCUAUCCGCAAUUUAGUUGGUAAAGGCUUCGAUGGGGCAAGUAACAUGUCAGGCAAGGACGAAGGUGUUCAACAACAUCUCACCGCAGCUGGUGCUGAUAAAUCGAUAUAUUUCCAUUGUUUUGCACACAAACUAAACCUUGUCUUAGAGAAGAGUGUUAACAACUUACCUUCUGUGAAUGACGUAUUUGAUAUUAUUGGUUCCGUCUAUCACUAUCUCGAAGGGUCUCCGAAGAGGCAUGCAUUGUAUGAGGAGAAGCUACAAUUUCAUGGCAUAUCGAAGGGAAAGAUAGCAUUACACACGCUUUCAGACACAAGAUGGACUGGUCGAUCCGACAAUUUGGAGGUUGUUUUCAACACCUUGCCUGCUAUCAUAUCGAUGCUUAAAGCAAUGUCUAAAGAGGGCGAAUCAGCUGCAGAUGGAUUGCUCGUACGUAUGCGAAAGCUCAAGUUCAUUGCUUCGUGUAUCGUAUUGAAGAAGUGUUUUGCUCUAAGUAGAUCGGUCUCAGAAUAUCUUCAGCACAAAAACAUGGACUUGGUUUCAGCGGUGUCAGGUGUGCAAUCUCUGAAAGAUUCUUUGUCCUCCUUUCGAAACGAGGAAAAGAUGGAUCAGUUUCUGCAGGAGGCACGGAAAUAUUGCACGGACCAAGGAUUGGUUGUGGACGACUUCGAUCAGGUGGAUCAGCAACAUCCAGACAGACCAAAGCGUCCGCGCACAAUUCCUUCCUACUUCAACGAUGGUACAUUCUAUUUAGACCAAGAUGCCAGAGCAAUCCAAGAAGAAGUACCUG